AUGGCCGAAAAUCGUGAACAAGACGCCAACGCGGUCAUGAGCCGCGAUAUGGGCUCCGCGAACACUAUUGUUGUCGAUUCAGGGGACAAUGAAAAGGCCCACGAGUUCAAUGAGCAGACAAACUAUGUGCCAAAGCGAGCCAUCAUUACAAUAUUUCUCGCAUGCGCAAGUGUAGAUUUACUGGCGUUGAUGGACCAGACUAUGCUGGCAACCAGUUUAUAUAUCAUCGGAAAUGCUUUGGGAUCAACAGCCCAGGUCUCGUGGAUAGCAAGCGGAUAUUUCAUAACUUCAACAGUCGGGCAGCUCAUGUAUGGGAGACUAUCCGAUAUCUGGUCUCGUAAGAUCAUCCUACUACUAGGCCUCGCAAUAUUCUUUGUCGGAUCACUGGCCUCAUCCCUGGCGCAGUCUGUUUUGCAACUCACGAUCUUCCGAGCCUUUACAGGUAUUGGAGGAGGUGGACUUAUGACUGUGGCGCAGCUCAUAGUGAGCGAUGUCGUCCCUCUUCGAGAGAGGGGGAAGUAUCAAGGAAUAUUAGGUGCCGUCGUUGCUCUCGCAAAUGGCAUAGGCCCUGUCAUCGGAGGUGCACUCUCGUCGAGUUCUGCGGACUCAUGGCGAUGGAUCUUUAGGAUGCAACUACCACUGACGCUUUUGACUACGCUUUGCGUACUGUUCUUCAUGCCAUUGAAGAAAGUCGAAGGAGACUGGAGACUCAAGCUGAAAGCUGUUGACUUUCUGGGCAUAUUCCUUGCCUUAGCUGGAAUGACCGUCGUUAUUCUUGGAUUGACCUGGGGAGGAAAAGAGUAUUCCUGGAAUUCCGCUCAGGUUAUCGCAACAUUGGUAGUGGGCACGGCUGCAUCCGUUGCUUUCAUGCUCUGGCAGUGGAAAGGCCCUCGAUAUCCAUUGAUACCAUUGCACAUCUUCAAGUCGAAGAUCGUCAACGGCGCAUGCCUCACCAUGGCUAUCAACGGUUGGAACUUUGUCAUGCAAGUUUACUAUAUCCCUUCUUUCUACCAACUCGUCUACGGCUACUCCGCCACCAAAUCAGGAGUAAUGCUUCUCCCCAUCACACUGCUCCAGACAGCCAGUAGCACUUUUUCCGGACUCAUUGUGCACUGGGUCGGUCGGUACCGUGAGUGUAUCCUGUUUGGCUGGUUAUGCUGGGCGAUCGGUCUUGGCUUGAUGUCAACUCUUGAUGAGAAUACGGGUGUUGGGAAACAAAUUGGUUAUUCGGUACUUAUUGGAGUGGGUGUUGGUAAUACGCUGCAGCCUGCACUCAUUGCUACGCAAGCUGGUGUCGAGAGGCGUGAUAUGGCUGUUGUCACAUCAUUCCGCAAUUUUGUGAGAAACUUGGGAGCAACAUUAGGACUUGCAGUUUGUGGGACAGUUCUGAACAACGUCUUAGCAGGCUCUCUAUCCUCCCUAAACCUAGACGGACAUGACUCAAAGACAUUGCUUGGAAACCCUCAAACAUUUCUAGAUACAGUCUCACCGAGCGAAGCUGAAAGAAUCCGCUCAGUUCUCAUCCCAGCUUACAGACAAGGAUUUCGCAUAAUAUUCCUUAUAGGCGCAGGCGUCGCAAGCCUUGCAUUUGUGCUGGCGUUUUUUCUAAUGCCACAGGUUGAUCUCACUCGGCCGGAUGACUCUCGGCUCAAGGAGGAAGGCCGUAAGGCUUAUGAGAAGAGAGAGAAAAACGCAGUGUAG